CAAACAAUUUGAAUAACAAAAACAAAUUAACAAAAACAUAAAUAUCUAAAUAAUUUAUAAACAAAUAAUUGGUUUAGUUAAACAAAUUUGUAUGUUAUUCUUAUUGUUGGGUCGUUAAAUUAAUUAACAAUCAAUUCUAAUUAUAUUUACAAUUAUAAAUAUGUUUUUUUUAAAUUAUCUUUCGUUUACUAUUAUAUUAGUUACUGUUUUAAUAAACUUCAGUAAGUGUUUUCUUAUAAAUAUUUAUGUGUUCUUAUAGGUAUAAAUAAUUCAGAUACUUUGCAGCUUGAAUAAGCUAUUAGUUUUACAACUAGAAUUAAUUUAAAAAUUGGUUUUUAUUUUUAUAUUUUAAUAAUUUUUCUAAAUUCUAAAUGUUAGAAUUAUGCACUACAAUGCAUGUACUAAUCAUGGAAUUUAUAAUAAGUAUAUUAAUUCUAUGUAUUAGGUGAGUCAUUGGAAUGCUAUGUUUGUACAAAUCAAGAUCAAAACCAUGAAAAGUGUUUGAAUACAAUUAAGACAUGUGAACCGGAUGAAGACAUGUGUUUAUCAGAAAUUAGUUGGGGAUGUGAGAUAUUUUUUUCUAUUAAGUUAUUGAUAUAUCAAUCUCUAAAAUAUUGUUAUCAUUAUAGCUCCUCCGUAUUGGGUUCAAGGAGGAAUCAAACAAUAUUAUGUAUCAAAAAGAUGUGCGACUAGAGCCACAUGUGAAUCAGUAAAAACUAAAACAUUGCCCUAUUGCACGUAUCUGUGGUAUCAAGAUUGGAAAUGUGCUGAGUGUUGUUUGGGGGACCGCUGCAAUUAUUAUAUCACUGUAAAAUCUUUAUCUCGUAUUUAUUCUUUUAAUCAACAAUUUAAAUAAUGUUUAUGUUUAGAUGGGAAGCAGUGCAAUGAAGUCUAACUUUGUUGUAUUAAUAGGAUGUAUUGCAGUAUUGAUGGGAUUCUACAUUACAAAAACUGUAUAAUUCAAUCUAAUAGAUAUUAUACAUAUUUUUUUUACAUGAUUACUUUCUAUACAUUUUUAUACAAUUAUUUUAAUACUAAUUUACUAAGUUUUUUUUUUAUUAUUAUUAUUUGUAUAUAACUUAAGAAGUAUUAUUUUUAAUUGUAACUGAAGAAUUCACGGUUCCGUCCAGAUUUUAUGUCAACUGUUACCAUAUAUUUCCAUUCAAAGCAUAGUGUAUUUAAUAUUUUAUACCAUAAUAUUUGUAAUCAAUUUAUGAUUUACAUAGGAUUUGUGUAAUUUAACUUAAGUUUAAAAAGAACAAUUAUUAAAUUAAACACAGUAAAUUAUUAAUUUUAAAUUAAUAUUUUUUUUGUUGACUUCUUCCAAUAAACUUAACAUUUAAUAAACUGGCUAUCAAAUUAAUCAUAUCUAUUUUCAUAUUUUGAAAUUAUUCAAUAACUUUGACCUUUUGUAAUUUAUCAGUUUUAUAUUUUAUAUACAUAGUAUGAUUAUAACUUCUAACACAUCUAUUAUUUCUUACAGCAAUUAGGUACUAAAAUUAUAAAUUGAC